AUGGCCUCUUCGGACGAUGACAUGCCCCUCGCCGGGACGAGAAAGCUUAAUGGCACAAACGGAGUCGUCCACUCUCUUUCCGAGAAGAAGAUCCUUCCCACGGUCGACGCCGUAAUGGAUCGGCAGAUUCCAACGAACGGGAAGGUCGUUCCCGGCAUCUCGAUGGCUAAUGGUGAUGUGAAAGUGGAAGAUACGCCCAUGAAAGACGUUGAUGAUCAUCUCACCAACGGGGCCGCCCAUGCUAAACGCAAGGUCCGAGACAGUCUCGCCCGACCCGACUAUGCCGAGGCCGAAAGCAGCGAUGACGAUCUUCCGCUGAGCAAGAAAAGAAAGACCACGACCGCGCCGGCCGGGUCCGAUUCUGACGACGCUCCUCUGAUUGCCAAAGCAAGAGCGAACGGCAAGACCGUCACCAAGCCCCCCCGUGCGACUGCGGCACAGAUUGGAGAGUCGUCAGAUUCCGACGUCCCGUUGGGGAAGAAAUUGGUACGACAGAAACAAAAGAUAGAGAAAGCUGCCGAGAAAGAGGCCAAGCAGAUCCGCAAGGACGAAAAGAAAGAGAGCCAGAAACCGAACAAGAAAGCGCCAGCGGCAAAGAAGGUCAAGAAGGAGGAGUCCACCGACGACGACAAACCUCUGGCCAAACGGGCCCAAGCAGUAGUCAAGGGCAAAAAGGUCAAGGCGGAAUCCUCGACGCCGGUGAAAAAGUCCACCUCCAAAUCCGUCAAGAAGGAGGAAACUGUCGAUCCCGAGGACGAAGAGGAAGAAGAGGAUGAUGUCAAAUGGUGGGAAGAUCCCACCAAGGGCGAUGGAACCAACAAAUGGGAGACAUUGCAGCACAACGGAGUGAUUUUUCCGCCGCCUUACCAACCACUUCCGGUGCACGUCAAAAUGAAAUACGACGGUGUUCCCAUCUCCCUGCAUCCAGACGCCGAGGAGGUGGCCGGGUUCUUCGGGAGCAUGCUCAACUCGACGCACAACGUGGAGAACCCCACGUUCCAGAAGAACUUUUUCGAUGACUUCAAAGCGAUCCUGAAGAAGACGGGCGGGGCGACCAGCAGUAAAACGGGUGAAAAGGUUGACAUCAAGGACUUCCGCAAGUGCGAUUUUAGACCCAUCUUCGACCACUACGACGCGGAGAGGCAGGCCAAAAAAGCAUUGCCCCCGGCGGAAAAGAAAGCCCUCAAGGCCGCCAAGGACGAAGCCGAAGCUCCCUACUUGUACUGCGUCUGGGAUGGCAAGAAGCAGAAGGUUGGCAACUUCCGUGUCGAACCUCCCGGGCUGUUUCGCGGGCGAGGCGAACAUCCCAAGACGGGCAAAGUCAAGACCAGGGUGAUGCCAGAACAAGUCACUCUCAACAUCGGCAAAGAGGCCACCGUUCCUCCGCCUCCGGCAGGUCACAAAUGGAAGGAGAUCAAACACGACAAACAAGGAACAUGGCUCGCCAUGUGGCAGGAGAACAUCAACGGCAACUACAAGUAUGUCAUGCUUGCGGCCAAUUCCGACAUCAAGGGCCAGAGCGAUUACAAAAAGUUCGAAAAGGCUCGCGAACUGAAGAAGCACAUCGACCGGAUCCGCAAAGACUAUCGGAAGGACCUCAAAUCUGAACUCAUGGCCGACCGACAAAAAGCCACCGCCAUGUACCUGAUUGAUCAAUUCGCCCUUCGAGCCGGGAACGAGAAGGGCGAGGAUGAGGCCGAGACGGUCGGUUGUUGUUCGCUGAAGUACGAACAUAUCACGUUGCGUGCUCCCAGCACCGUCAUCUUCGACUUUCUCGGCAAAGACAGCAUUCGGUUCCACGAAGAAUUCGAAGUCGACCCCCAAGUCUUCAAGAACCUCAAGAUUUUCAAGAAGCCUCCGAAGAAAGAAGGUGACGAUAUUUUCGACCGCCUGACGACGACCCAACUCAACAAUCAUCUCAAGAACUACAUGCCCGGACUGACCGCGAAGGUAUUUCGUACCUACAAUGCGUCCUUCACCAUGUCGCGGCUGUUGAGUGAGAUGAAGUCCGAGGGCACCAUCCCUGAAAAGAUCAAGGACUACAACGACGCCAACCGGAAGGUGGCCAUUCUUUGCAAUCACAAGCGAACGGUCGCCGCCAGCCACGUCAACCAGAUGGAGAAGUUGGGUGACCGGCUGAAAGGUCUCAAGUACCAGCAAUGGCGCCUGAAGCAGAUGAUGCUCGACGUCGAUCCGAAGAUCAAGAAGAAGAAGGGAGCUGAGUUCUUCGAACUGCCAGAUGAUUUGGACGAGGCAUGGAUACAGGAACAUCAAGCAUUCCUGGUGGAAGAACAAAGAAACAAGAUCAUCAAGAAAUUUGAGAAGGAGAACGAGAAGCUGCAGGCCGAGGGUGAGAAACCGAUGAAGCAAAAAGAGCUCGACGAACGUCUAGACGUGGUCAAGGAGCUUGAGAAGAAGUUCAAAAAGGAAAACAAGACCAAGAAGAUCGAAGCGGAGGGCAAAUCCCCGUCGAUUGAGAAGCUGGAGGAGAAUAUCAUCAAGUUUGAUGCCAGGAUCGCCACCAUGUCCGUCCAAGUGGAGGACAAAGAGAACAAUAAAGAGGUGGCUUUGGGGACGUCCAAGAUCAACUACAUUGAUCCACGGUUGACCGUGGUCUUCUGCAAGAAGUUCAACCUGCCGAUCGAGAAGUUGUUCUCCAAGACCCUGCGCGAGAAAUUCGAAUGGGCUAUCAAGUCGGUCGAUGAGAACUGGACUUUCUAG